AUGGCUUCUCAACAUGCGCCCGCCAGAGCUUCAAGCGACCCCUACUUCGAUCUCGGAACAUUGAGUCGCAAAGUCAGUACGAAUUCUCAAGAGGCUCAAAUAUGGUUCGACCGAGCGCUUGUUUGGACAUAUUGCUUCAAUCACGACGAAGCAAUUACUUGUUACAAACAGGUAAUCGCGCACGAUGAAAGCUGCGCGAUGGCCUAUUGGGGAAUAUCGUUCUGUUCCGGUUCCAAUUACAACAAGACAUGGGCAUUAUUCGAUGAGAAGGAUCGCAUCAAUGCAAUCAAGCAAUGUUAUAUAUUUUCUCAAAAAGCACUGAGCCAUGCACAUAACGCCUCGGAUUGGGAACUGGCGAUCAUCAACGCUCAUGCGAUACGGUAUCCCGAUGAUAACCCCAGUAGGGAUCUUGGCGGAUGUAGCAGAGCUUACGCGGAGGCCAUGAGAGAUGUACACACGAAUUUCGGUCGGGAAGAUUUCGACAUCAUCACGCUUUUCGCCGACGCACUGAUGAAUUGCGCCCCGAGGAAAUUAUACGACGCGUCUACUGGGCUCCCAAUAGCAUCAUCCCCUGUAUUCGAAGUGAAAGACAUCCUCGAUCGAGCUCUCAAAAUGCCUGGAGUCGAACAGCAUCCGGGGCCCGCACACAUGUACAUUCACCUGAUGGAGAUGUCAGCCACUCCUGAGGCUGCGCUCCCUGCAGCGGAGAUGAUCCGCGAAAUGUUCCCCGAUACCGGCCAUACAUUCCACAUGCCUGCGCAUAUCGACGUUCUUGUUGGGGACUAUCGGCGCGCAGUGGAAUACAAUUACAAAGCGACUCUCGCGGAUGAUCGGUACUUUCAGCAAAAUGGUGGCUUGACAUUCUACAGCUAUUAUCGCCUACACGACUACCACUCCCUCAUCUACGCUGCCAUGCUGGGCGGCAAAUCAAAAGCGGCAUUGUCGGCGACAGAUCGGAUGGAGGCUACAAUUACGGAGGAAAUUCUUCGGGUGGAAACUCCCGCAUUGGCGAACUGGAUGGAGUUUUUCAAGGCUGUCAGAGUCCAUGUACUCAUUCGGUUUGGAAUGUGGGAAGAGAUCAAAAAGCUCGACCCCCUGGAAGAUAAAGAGCUGUAUUGUGUCACAAAUGUGAUGAGACACUACGGCAAAGGCGUCGCGUACGCCGCCACAGCAAAUCUCGAUGAAGCAGAUAAAGAGCGGGAACUAUUCAAAGCCGCCUCUAGACUCGUCCCUCCCACGCGCCUCGACUUCCCGAACAAAAUCACCGACAUCCUUAAAGUAGCAUCUGCGAUGCUGGACGGCGAAAUCGAGUACCGACGGGGCGAUUACGAGACUUCAUUCAGGAGAUUGCGGGAUGCAGUGACACUGGAGGACGAGUUGCCUUUCGCAGAGCCAUGGGGGUGGAUGCUUCCGGCUCGCCAUGCAUUCGCUGCGCUCUCCCUGGAACAAGGGAAGGUUGAGCAGGCUGCGCAGGCUUAUGCUGAGGACUUAGGCCUUUACCCGACACCUAAACGGGCGCAUCAACAUCCGAACAACGUUUGGGCUCUGCAUGGUUAUCACGAGUGUCUUGGGCUUUUGGGUCGUCAUGCAGAGGCGAAUAUCAUCAAGAAACAGCUUGCUCUUGCGUUGGUGGAGGCGGAUGUUGAGAUCACAUCUUCUUGCUUCUGUAGGCUUGGAAAUAUUCCUUCGUGUAGUGGAAAACCUAAAUUGAAUGGUUGCCACAGCGGGGAGUCAAAAUGUCACAGCUAG